AUGGCGAAAGAGUAUUGCCUGAGUGGCCGUCAGAGAAUGCUCUCCUUGAAGAAAUCAGACCUGCGAAAAUAUGACCAAGUUCGUCUCUACUUGGAAGUUGCAUUCGUCAAAGCAAAUACAAAGCUUAAAAAUCCUGAUCUUGCCAAAUUGGUCAUUGGGAGGGUAGCCGUGGAAACUAGACAAGAAACCGUGGAGCCUCCAACUGAAAGACUCAAGGCCGUAAAUUCAGUGUUCUACAUAAAAUACAAGUACCACCCCAACAAAGUAAGGGGCUUCAUAGCCUCAAGCCUCCCCGUGAUCGCAUUGCUAUAA